CGAAGCCUCGCGGCGAUGGCCUCGGGCGCUGCGUCCGCAGCCAGAGGGUGGAGAGAGCGCUGCUCUAGCCUCGGCCCCGGCCGCCUGGUGCUCCGCAGCCCGCGCGUCCCCGCCGCCCGCUCGCUCCGCCCGCUUCCCGCGACCCUGCGCUCCUGUGCGCGCGCGCGCUUGCCUGUUCCUGCAACUGUCGCCGCUGCAGCCUGGGCCAUGGCGACCAGCUUUCGGCUGCAGAGCUGCUGGGGCCCCAGCCUCGCGCGGGCGCCUCUAGGCCGCCUCCUCCGCCCCCGCGCCGGCUGCUCGGCGCCGGGCCGGGCCCAGCUCCGCAGCUACGCCGGCGGCCCGGGGGGCCUCUCUGCAGCGCUGCUGCGCACCGAAAGCUUCGUGGGCGGCCGCUGGCUCCCGGCCGCCGCCACCUUCCCCGUGUACGACCCAGCCAGUGGCGCCACGCUGGGCAUGGUGGCCGACUGCGGGGUGCCCGAGGCCCGCGCCGCCGUGCACGCCGCCCACGAGGCUUUCUGCAGCUGGAAGGUGGUCUCGGUCAAGGAGAGGAGCUCACUGCUUCGGAAAUGGUACGACCUAAUGAUGCAGAACAAGGGCGACCUGGCCAAGCUGAUCACAGCGGAAAGCGGGAAGCCGCUGAAGGAGGCAGAGGCAGAAGUCCUGUACUCGGCCCUCUUCCUGGAGUGGUUUUCAGAGGAAGCCCGCCGCAUCUACGGAGACGUCAUCUACCCCAGCGCCAAGGGCAGGCGGGCCCUGGUGCUCAAGCAGCCCCUGGGAGUGGCUGUAGUCAUCACCCCGUGGAAUUUCCCCAGCGCCAUGAUCACCCGGAAGGUGGGGGCCGCCCUGGCAGCUGGCUGCACCGUGGUGGUGAAACCUGCAGAAGACACGCCCUUCUCCGCCCUGGCCCUGGCCCAGCUUGCAAACGAGGCCGGGAUCCCACCCGGCGUGUACAACGUGGUCCCUUGCUCUAGGUCCAAGGCCAAGGAGGUGGGGAAAGCACUCUGUACUGACCCGCUGGUGUCCAAGAUCUCCUUCACAGGGUCCACGGCGACAGGAAAGGUCCUGCUGCACUAUGCCGCGGACUCUGUGAAGAGGGUCUCCAUGGAGCUGGGCGGCCUUGCCCCGUUCAUUGUCUUCGACAGCGCCAACGUGGACCAGGCCGUGGAAGGGGCGCUGGCGUCCAAAUUCAGGAACGCUGGACAGACCUGUGUUUGCUCCAACCGAUUCUUGGUGCAAAGGGGGAUCCACGACUCCUUUGUCAAAAAGUUUGCCGAGGCGAUGAAGGUGAACCUGCGUGUGGGCAAUGGAUUUGAGGAGGGGACCACCCAAGGCCCCCUGAUUAACGAGAGAGCAGUAGAAAAGGUGGAGAAGCACGUGAGCGAUGCGAUUUCCAAAGGGGCCACCGUGGUGAUGGGCGGGAAGCGACACCAGUUUGGAAAGAACUUCUUUGAGCCCACGCUGCUCAGCAGUGUCACCAGGGACAUGCUUUGCGCUCACGAAGAGACGUUCGGGCCUCUGGCACCAGUUAUCAAGUUCGACACGGAGGAGGAGGCCAUCGCCAUUGCCAACGCCACCGAAGUCGGGCUGGCAGGCUACUUUUACUCUCAGGACCCUGCCCAGAUCUGGAGGGUGGCAGAGCAGCUGGAGGUGGGCAUGGUUGGCGUGAACGAGGGGCUGAUUUCCUCCGUGGAGUGCCCUUUCGGCGGGGUGAAGCAGUCUGGCCUGGGGCGCGAGGGCUCCAAGUACGGCAUUGACGAGUACCUGGAAGUCAAGUACGUGUGCUACGGAGGCCUGUAGCUCCUCGCUUGUUGGAGAUCAGUAAAGGAGGCUGACCCACACUCGGGACCUGCCCUCCAUUCAUUAAGUGGCUCGGCCAUUAGUCAUGACUUCUCACGCGCAGCCAGUCUUCGUGAUCUUUAAUCAGAGGCAACCCCCACCCCGCCAUCUCCUAACGAGGGACCAACACAAGCCGCCCACCUGUGGCUGCAGACCCCAGAGAGCCAGGCCGGGGUCUGCAGAACAAGCCGGAGGACUCCACGUGACCCCUCCACCUGAGGGCAAGGCGCAGUGCCCAACAGAUCCGCCCUUCGGGGCCACAUAGCCAACCCCCGCCUGGCAGGGGGUAGUGCUGGCUAUCAGCGUGAGCCCAGAGCGCUUGCAAGGAGCCCCGGAGUACGAUCAGCAGUGGGCUGGGCCCAGUAUCCCCUUCCCCAGCCAGCUGAGCACUGGAGGUACUGUGUGUCCAGAGGGGCUGCGGCCGAGGCUGGUGGGUCACCGUUGAGAGCGUUCCACUGCAGCGUGAUCGCCUGUUCCACCGUGUGGCGCAGGAGCGCGUCUGUCCCAGGUCCGUGUGUAGACGGGAGCCUUCCUUGCGCCUGGUCCUGCCUCAGCUUCACGUUGCUCCCCAAGCCCACUCUGAGAGCAGGAUCGGCGGAGGCGGCUCGUGCAGUGGAGCCUGGCCGUCCCCUCCUGCUCCUGCCCAGGAGCACACCUGAGUCCAGGUCGGCGUCACGCAGGUCACCUGGGCCUGAGCGGAAGUGACUUGCAAGACAGGGAAUGUGCAGGGUAAGCACCGGAGCCACCUGUGAGCAGCAGCACUGCCCUGCCCUGGGCCCAGAGAGGCGCACCCACCCACCCAAGCCCAGCCCGUUUGUCCUGGUGCCGUGCACUCUUGCACUUUCAACGGGAAAAAGCACCUUCACCACCGUAAUCUGGAAGGAACAGAAGGUGCCAAUCCACGGUGUGGAGGAGGUGCAAGGCCUAGGAUUUCAGGCACCUUUUACCUAGUAACCCCACUUGCAAUUCAGCAUACGAACUACCCCUCCAAUUCCCUGUGACUGGUGUUGGUGCUCACUCUGAAGGGAACACUGGCCGUUCCAGCUCCUUCCUCCCCUUCUCUUUAUGCGUAGGGGCCCCUCAGGUCACUGGGUAGUAGCAGGGAGACAUGAAUGAAAACAGUGCUGGAUGCAGCUGCUCCUGAGCUCCACCCAGCACCCUUCACUAAGCACAGGCAGCUGCAGCUGAGUAACCAAGUGCAGAAAGUCGCUUGCACGCAGGAUGCUUCCAGUCCUGCAGCUGCUGCACACCUGGCUAGGGUAGUCCUUGCCAUGUGCCCAACCCCAAAGGAGAAUCAGAACUCUUCCUUCUAGUGACACUGCCCAGGCCUGUCAAGAGGCACGCCCAGCACGUUGACAGCUAAUUUCUGCUCCUCGCUGUACAGUGUUUGGUGGUUUUAUAGAACGCCCUCAUUGCUUAAGAUUCCUGUGCGUCCAUCCUUUUUCUAUUAAGAAAGCAAAUGCCCUGGUGUUGUUUUUAGAAGUAGAAUACCAAUGCUGAAAUGUCCAGAGGAGAACCUUAAAACACACUUUCAACCCUGUAAGCAGGGAGAAAUUCUGAGUUUUCUUGCAUAUUUGGCCUGCUAGAUACAUAGAUCGAGGCCAGAGACUCACUGUAAUCUCCAUGAUCAAUUCUGUAGUUAAAUAGUUUGGGGUGGGGCUGGGGUUGUGGCUCAGAGGUAGAGCCCUGGGCUAGCAUGUGUCAGGCACUGGGUUUGACCCUCAGCACCUUGUAAAAAAUAAGAUAAAGGUAUUUUUGUCCACCUACAAUUAAAAAAUAUUUUUUAAAAAUAGCUUGGGGUGCUGGGAACUUUGACUCAGUGGUAGAGCUCAGCAUUAGCUGCUUGAGGCCCUGGGUUCAGUGCCCAGCACCAUCAAAAGGAAAAAAAAAAUUUUUUUUUGAAAAAGAAAUAACUUACUGUUAAGUAAAAUGGUUCUGGGUUGCGGGAUAAAAGAGAAGUGUGUGGGUUUUAGGGUUUUGUUUGUUUUGGGAUGGGGUCUCACUGUGUUGCCCAGGCUGGCCUCAAACUUCAGGGCUCAAGUGAUCCUCCAGCCGCAGCCUCCCAAGUAGCUAGGACUCAGGCCUGCGCCAUCACGUCCAUCUAAAAGUCAUUUUAAAUGAAUGUUUUGUUAGUUUUCAGAGUCCAUCAGUGGAAUCUUUCUGGAGCACAGCCACAGCCGUCCUUUGUGUUGUGGUCUGUGACCUCUGGCCUGGCAGGGCUGAGCAGGAGAAGGUGGUGAGCCUAAAUAGGGGCCGUACGACCUUCCUGAAUUCACAGCACCGUUGGCAGCCCCCAGGUGCCGUGGGCUUCUCUCCUGGCUCCCCUGGGUUCUCAGCAGGGACUCCCCAGCAGUUACCUCCUGACUCCAAGGCCUUGAAGGGACACCUCUGACUUCCUUCCUCCAGCUGGGCAGGUUCCCCCCUGUAAGAGCUGAUCCUGUCUGUGCCUCUGUCCGUGUGGAUCUUUAUUUUUAAAGAGGGCUGCGUGAAAAUAAAGAUCAGAAGCACCACGUGGACAAGCCUAUUUUACUUUGAACCGACACGUGAACUUGAACCUGAAGUUCAAGUUCUGUGGGACUCUUUCCCCUGAAGGCAGGAGGUGGUAUAAUUAAUUACCCUCCAUCAGCUAGUUCCUUAGCACUUUACUUGAAUAAUACUUAAUGCUGUGAUUGUGCCAUGCUAAACUUUGUGGGCUAAAACCAGGGAGUAAGUGUUAGUGUGAAAUACGUAAACCCUUUGGUUUCUAAACGUGUGCACAUGACUUAUUCUCUGCUUCUUGACGGCGUACGCCUCACUCUCCAGCCAGCAGACUUCACAUGUGUUGCCAAUAAAUGCUGAAUUCGCACAGCUUCCCUCGA